AGUGAAAUUUUUUUUUCUCAUAUGCAAUUGAUAAAAAAUAUUUUGAUAUGACUUUGGUGAAAAGUGGGUUAGUGAAUUAAAAUUAAAAAAAAAUUUUUUUGGGAAAUUUGUGACAAAAUUAUUGAAUCGAAAAUGGAACGAAUUGACUAUCGAAUACCUGAUUUUCAAACGCCAUUGUUACCAAAUAUAUCGGAUAUCCAAAAUUCAACAGAAUAUACAAAUCAUAUUCAUCGAUCGAUCGAUACUUUACGAUCGUUAACCGAUCGAGCUACAUUGAAUGUAACGUUAGCGGCUCAACAACAGAAUAUUACCGAUGGACGAGGAGGUCAAUCACCAAAUGUAAAUAAUCAUCGAAUAUUAGAUCGAAUAUCACCAAAUGAUCGAUUAUCGUCGAUGGAUCAUCAUAGGUUGUUAGAUCCGAAUGCAAGGAUUUCACCUGAGUUAGAAUCAUCGGACGAUCGUCAUCGAAUCCACUCAACGGCACAGCAUGAACAACAACGAUAUUUAAAUAAUUACAACAAUGAUUUUGGAGCACGAUCAUCGAUACAUCAUCGUGGUAACGAUGAAUCGGAAUCGAUUAACGUUGCCCAGGAUUAUCAAGAACGUAAUCAACGUAUACACGAAACAAACGAUUAUCAAUUUAAUCGGAACACAAACGAUUUUAAUUCAGUGAAAAAUGAAUUCCCAUGUGCUCCAGGUAAUGGAGCACCACCGUCGGCUGCAUCCAGUUCGGCGGAUAAUCGUUAUAACAAUUACCAUAGUGCAAAUAAUACUAGUGAUGAACAUUUUCGACAAAAUAAUAGACAUAAUAAUGAUACAAUUAAUAAUAAUAAAUCGUGCGCCGGUGAUGGAGGAAGUUACUCAAAUAGUUCGCCAUCAAGUCCUGGCACACCAAUCUCAAUUGAGGGUGGUAACAAUUUUAAAUCCGAUGGGGAGAAGGUAUUUGGAAGCAAAGCCGAUUUACAAUUACAUACACAAAUGCACAUGCGAGAAGCGAAACCAUACAAAUGUUCACAAUGUUGUAAAGCAUUUGCGAACAGUUCAUACCUUAGCCAGCAUACUCGAAUACAUUUGGGUAUAAAACCGUAUCGAUGUGAAAUUUGCCAAAGAAAAUUCACUCAAUUGAGUCAUUUACAACAACAUAUUCGAACGCACACGGGGGACAAACCUUACAACCAACUUACUCGAAAACAUUUGGGUGCAAAACCGUAUCGAUGUGAAAUUUGCCAAAGAAAAUUCACUCAAUUGAGUCAUUUACAACAACAUACGCGGACGCAUACGGGGGAAAAGCCUUACAAAUGUCGUCACCCCGGAUGUCAAAAAGCAUUUUCACAGCUAAGCAACUUGCAAUCGCAUUCACGUUGCCAUCAAACCGACAAGCCGUACAAAUGUAAUUCAUGCUACAAAUGUUUUAGCGACGAGCCAAGUUUGCUUGAGCACAUUCCCAAACAUAAAGAGAGCAAACAUUUGAAAACACAUAUUUGCCAAUAUUGUGGCAAAAGUUAUACCCAAGAAACAUAUUUACAGAAACAUAUGCAAAAGCACAGUGAACGUGUCGAUAAACGACCUCCAAUCACUGGGGCGGGAGGUCCUUUAACUGGUCUCAAUAGGAAUCUAUUAGCUGCAGUGAGUGCGGCUGGUGUUGCUUCUCUAGAAUCACCGUAUUGGUCGAAAUUAUCCCCCGAUACAAUGUCUAGUUUAGACUUGGAACGUCUCGAAUAUCAUAACCAUCACAAUUCCGCUGCGCUCACAUCAAAUGCAGCUGCGUUACUGCUCGAACGAAAUAGUGGCACAAAUUUGGGCCUUCUAGAUCGAUCCUCUAAUUCAAAUGUACAAAAUUUACAUUUAGAGCAUCGUAACACAAAUUAUGGUGGAAAUAACGCCACAUCAGCUCGUCAACAAAAUCAAACCGAUGCUAAUCAAGCAUUUGGAGGAAGUCAAACACGACAAAACACAGACACUGCGAAUAAUGAGAACAUACCAGAGAAUAAUGGUGCGAACGCAGGUCGAACAGCGUUCGACACAACAAAUAAUCUAAACAAAACACAUCCGGAUCGUAAUAGCUCGAAUCCGGGAAGCCAACAUAACAACAACAACCACGAUAAUAUUGGAGAAGAUUUAGUUGUAAGUAAUCGACAUUGUCGAGUCAAUUCCCCGCCAAAUGAUUCAAAUGUCGGCGGAGGUAAUCCUGGAGGACCAAAUGGAACAAACACAUCGACAUAUGAUACAAAUAAAUCGGGAUACGAAAUCUCGAUAUCACGGAGUGUCGCUAAUUCAGCAUUUACACCCAUUUCGGGUAUCAACCAUAUUAAUUUGAAUCAUCCAAUGGGACGACCCUAUUUGUACGAUGCGCUAAGUUUUCAAAAUAAAGAACUCAAUUUAAAUUUAAAUAAAAGUGCUGGCAACUCAAAUGCAUUCCCAAAUCAAUUGAUUUCCCUUCAUCAAAUACGAAAUUAUGCUCAUCAACCAUCUUCAAUAGGAUCCACAGAACAUAUAUUAGGAUUAAAAGAUAAAUAAUUAUCCAAAAUUUGCUGAGACAACAGAUAAGGGAAUGUAAAACACAUUCAUGAAACUUGAGUUCCCCAAAAUGUAUUGCUUGUGCCAUUUUUAAACUAUUUAGUUGAAUAUCUGUUCAGCGAAACUUCGGGAAACAUCGUACAAGUUACGAAAUUUUUAGUUUCUAGAAAUACUUCCAUCAAGUUUUACCUUAUUCCCUGUAGAAUGAAAAUUUUCACAUAAUCAGAAAAAAAAUGGAUGGUUUCGAAAAAAUCAACGUUUUGCCACCUUUUUUCCACAAGUUUUUGUAGUUUACUCGAAAAGUAUGCAUUUUAGAGAAAAAAUAGAUCUACCCAAAGUUAUCGAGCAUAAAAUUUUCGAUCGAUUUGUAUAUAUAAGCUUUUCUGAAAAAUCUUCAUGUUCAAUUUUCCAUGUUUUUGGUUUUUUUUAGUUUUUCUGAAAAACUUUGCAUUUUAGGGAAAAAAUACUCCUGAUAAAAGUUGGUAAGCAUAAAAUUUCCUACCAAUCUGUAUAUUUUGAUUAUUCCCUAAUCGUUAAUUUACGCCGAAAUCACCCUUUGUUUCUCCGCAUAUGAAAAUUUUUAAGGUAAAAAGGUAAAACUUGACAUAGGUCAUUGCUUCCUCGAAAAAUUUAAGUAAAUUUCACCUAAUUUGAUGGGAGUGCAAAGCCGGAACGAAAAAAGUUCUCGAUUCCUCAUCGAUGACCACGAAAUCUACCUUUUUGUGGGUUCGAUUUCGAAGAGAUUUCUAAUUUCCGAACCGAAAGACUUGGGUCAUUUUUCCCCAAAAAAACAAACGCUUCAUUGAAGAAAUAUCCAUCUAGAAUAUUUUAAAAAUGAGAUACACGCUACAGAACCCUUAUCUAAAGUCCGUAGUAAAUUUUUACAUCAUUAUAAAUAAAUUUUACUACCCCCCCUUUCUCCUUGAUCCUCCUCCCCAAAAUCUUUUAUUCCUGCUAAACCGUACUAUUUUAAUAAAUGUUCAAAUAAAUUUCUAUAUAUGGAAAUCAUUUCGAAUUUGUUAAUAGAGUCGAAGGGCUACCCAAAAAAACAAAAAAAAAGAUUUCCAAAUUUUUAAAUGUUGUCGAAAACAGUUCAGAAACGAUUGAUUUCACACUUGUCUCGAAACUGUAUUUCCCUACCCAAAAUGUGUAUUUUUAAAACAAAUUGAAACAAAUGAAUUGAAAAUAAGAAACUCUUAGAAUACACAAAAUACAGUAAAACUGCUCUUUGAUUGAUUUGUUUCAAUUUUGAAUUUAAAAGAAUUUUUUUGUAAAAAGUAAUAUUAG